UAGUUGAGAACAGGUCGAAACCGCUGUGCUACAAAUUGUCCGUUUGCGUUUUUAUCCUGAGGUUUUGCGUUUAUUUAUAAUGACGGUAUGCAGUUCGCAGCCGAUACAAAGAAAAUUGAGUAAUUAUAUAAGAUCGAUUGAAAAUUUUGCGCCAUCAUUAUCGUCAUUAUAAUUGGGUAGCCACCAGUGUCGCGCAAGUUCGGCGUCUUGAACGAUAAAUAUUGAAUACAGAACACAUAAUAAUUAGUGGGUAAAAGUGAAUAACUGGAAGUCGAACGCGCGUCGAAUAGUCCGAUGACCGCAGUCACCCUCGAUCGAAAACAACGAACGGCCAACUCAACGCUAGCCGAGGGUAUCCCAAGCUCUCUGUCCCAAGGAUAAUCUAGUGAUCUCAGAUUCUCUGUAGCGAGCCCAGAGUCUUGAAGUUGGCUGCAGUGUGACUUAACCUGUCAGAAAACGGAGAAAAGCACGGAGCACACUCAGUAUCAUAACCGACUUGUUAACCCACACGUACUGCGUAUUCGUUCAGACAGAUAUUCAAUCCUCUUUCGUGUAUACAUAUAUAGUGGUUCAAAUUCUCGUCCGUGCUUUCCAACCAGACGCACCAAAUCCACGAUAUUUCGCUUUUCAACGCAAGGCUCACAUAUUGUUAUGCGGUGGUGACUUAGCGCCAGAGUUAUUCAAGUAGCAGGUAAUUAGAGUGAGGCUGGUCAGACAUUAAUUUGGGAAUAAAAUGUCUGGACACAGAAGUACCGGUGGCACCGGAAGCCAUCCUACUGGUCCUCAGGGUCUCAAGCAAAUAGAUCUCGACCAGAUUUGGGGCGACCUGAGAGAAGGCAUCGAGCAGGUUUACAACCGACAAUGCAUGCCCAAGCCAAGAUACAUGGAGCUCUAUACACACGUGUAUAACUAUUGCACAAGUGUACAUCAGCAGUUGAACAACAGGACGUCGAUGAAAAGUAAGAAGGGUCAAAUAUCGGGCGGCGCUCAGUUAGUUGGGCUGGAAUUGUACAAACGUUUGCGAGACUUUCUGCGGAAUUAUCUCAUCAGUUUACUGAAGCAUGGAGUCGACCUGAUGGAUGAGGAUGUGCUGAAGUUUUACACUCGACAAUGGGACGAGUAUCAAUUCAGCAGCAAAGUCCUGAACGGGGUCUGUGCGUAUUUAAACCGUCACUGGGUGAGGCGAGAGUGCGAGGAAGGUCGAAAAGGAAUUUGUGAGAUCUAUCAGCUGGCGUUGGUCACAUGGAGGGAUAAUUUAUUCAAACAUUUGAACAAGCAGGUGACCAACGCGGUGCUCAAACUUAUAGAACGAGAGAGAAACGGUGAGACUAUAAACACAAGUCUUGUCAGCGGAGUGAUUAAUUGCUAUGUUGAGCUGGGUCUAAAUGAGGAGGAUCCGGGCGCCAAAGGGCAGAAUUUGUCCGUCUACAAGGACUCGUUUGAGAAUGUUUUUCUUGAUGACACUGAACGCUUUUAUACACGCGAAAGCACUGAAUUCCUCCGACAUAAUCCUGUCACAGAGUAUAUGAAGAAGGCUGAGCAGAGGCUCCUGGAGGAAGAGAAAAGAGUCAGGGUGUAUUUGCACCAGACGACACAUGAGCGUAUAGCAAAAACCUGCGAAAAGGUCCUCAUCGAGAAACAUUUGGACAUAUUUCAUGCAGAAUUCCAAAAUCUUUUGGACGCUGAUAAAAAUGUCGAUUUGGGUCGAAUGUACAUGCUUGUCGCCAGGAUACCGAAUGGUCUUGGGGAGCUUCGCAAUCUUCUCGAAAGUCACAUAGCUAGUCAGGGAUUAGCUGCUAUCGACAAGUGCGGCGACUUUGCGGUUAACAACUUUAUACUUACCAUGUUGUUAGUGCAGGAUCCUAAAAUAUAUGUGAGCACUAUCUUGGAAGUUCACAAGAAGUAUAAUGCGCUGGUAUUGGUUGCGUUUAAUAAUGAUAGUGGAUUUGUCGCUGCUCUGGACAAAGCUUGCGGACGGUUCAUUAACAGCAACUCUAUUACACGAGCUGCUAAUAGCAGUAGCAAAUCGCCAGAACUCUUGGCUAAGUACUGCGACCUUUUACUCAAGAAGAGCAGUAAGAAUCCGGAAGAGGCAGAGCUCGAAGAUACACUUAAUCAAGUUAUGGUAGUUUUCAAAUAUAUCGAAGACAAAGAUGUAUUCCAAAAAUUCUACAGUAAAAUGCUUGCCAAACGGCUCGUGCAGCACAUGUCUGCCAGUGACGACGCUGAAGCGUCAAUGAUUUCAAAGCUGAAACAAGCUUGCGGAUUCGAAUACACUUCUAAACUACAGCGCAUGUUCCAGGAUAUCGGAGUGUCGAAAGACUUGAACGAACAAUUUCGAAGGCAUUUGAUAAAUUCUACGGAACUUCUGGACAUUGAUUUUAGUAUACAGGUGCUGUCGUCCGGUUCCUGGCCGUUCCAGCAAUCUUUUACAUUUUCUCUACCCACAGAGCUGGAAAGAUCUGUGCACAGGUUUACCACGUUCUAUAGUUCUCAGCACAGUGGGAGAAAAUUGAAUUGGUUGUACAACAUGUCCAAAGGGGAAUUGCACACAAACUGUUUUAAGAACAGGUAUACUCUGCAAGCUUCGACCUUCCAAAUGGCGGUUCUAUUGCAGUAUAAUGUGGCUACACUUUGGACCAUGCAACAACUUCAUGACGCUACGCAAAUCAAAAUGGAUUUUCUUGUGCAGGUUAUACAGAUUUUGUUGAAAGCGAAGCUUUUAACUGUCCCUGCACACGAAGAUGAAACUAAUUUAACUCCAUCGUCAACCAUCGAACUAUUUGCAGCAUAUAAAAACAAAAAAUUAAGGGUAAAUAUCAACAUACCAAUGAAGACGGAAUUGAAGGUUGAACAGGAAACGACCCACAAGCACAUAGAAGAAGAUCGCAAGCUGUUAAUUCAAGCCGCGAUUGUGAGAAUUAUGAAAAUGCGUAAGAUCCUAAAGCACCAGCAACUCGUCGCCGAAGUACUAAACCAGCUCAGUGCGAGAUUCAAACCGAGGGUGCACGUUAUUAAGAAAUGUAUAGACAUUUUAAUAGAAAAGGAAUAUCUAGAACGUACGGAAGGACAAAAGGAUACGUACAGUUACCUGGCAUGAUCUGCCUAAGUGAGACAACAAAGUAGCAGCUGUUUAAAACAGGAGAAACAACUUCUGCCGUACGCAUCUGUCAUUGUUGCUGCUGCUGUUGUAUCUACGUUACAAUAUUUAUUAUUUACGUCGCACACAAA